AUGGAAAUUGAUUCAAAUGGUGUUGCAAAUGAGACGAAAUCCGCAGUAGCCGCAUCACCAUCCUUGGCUGACACUGCUGUGGAUGGGGAUGGGGACGUGAGCAUGGGCAUCCGACCGGACUCGCAAGACCAGGAACCAACCGCGGCGCCGACCUUCACCUUGACCAACGGCCACAGCGUUGGCGUCCAGAUCACCCCCGCCAAGGCUGCCGACCUUAGUCCCGAUACCGCCCUCUUGAAUGUGGCUGAUGAUUGUCACGUGACCCGUACACUGUGGCGUCCAAACGACUCCACUGUUGUCGUUGCAGUCGGCGAGACGUUUUGCAGUCUAUGGAAGAUGCCGUCGUCUGCGAGUCCAGUGCAAGAGAAGCUUGUGGAGGGUAAGGGCGAUAGUAUCUGCGUCUCUGCAGUCGCCUGGGACCCUACGGGCCAGAAAUUGGCCGUAGCCACAUACAAUGACAUGAGAGGGUCUAUUACUAUGUAUGAUGUGGCUGGAAAUGCGGUUGACCUCCUGCCCGAAGUACCUAGAAUGAUCACUGGAUUGCAUUGGACUGAGAGCGGCACCCAUUUAAUCGUCGUGGCAUCAGAUAGUAAAGUCUCCGAGCUGGCUCUCUGGGAUGAUUCAGUGCGACCGGACGAGUUCCCCUCUCCACAGGUAAUCGACGGGUCAAUCUAUGACCUCAGCUGGCUUGGACGCAAUGAAGCCUACGCUUCGGGUAACGGAACGGUUUACCAAUGUGAGGUCGACUCAAGUAUCCACAUUUCCAAGACAUUUACCAGUGAGACCGAUAGGCCUUGGACAUUUAUUCGUUGCGCGAAUGUCAAUGUUUCCUCGGUGGCAGUGGCUGCAUCAUCUGCUGCAGCUGCGUUCUGGAUUCCGACGCACGACAUGCACCUCGAUGGUGCACACGAGGGGGAUAUUACGGCAAUAGAGCUUAAGCCAAACACCCUGGACCAACCACAAGCGAACCAUCCGUUGGUUCUAGCCUCCUCAUCCACUGAUGAUACAGUCAAAAUAUGGCAUAUUGAUUUAGACACAAAGCGAUUUGAUUGCAUCCAUCGUCUGUUCCUCGGUCCAUCUUCACCCGCCCUCGCUAGCAGUUUCUCUCCGGACGGGUAUGCUCUGGCUGCUGCAAGCAAGGAGAAGUUGUUCAUUUGGAAUUCACAGAGGGGUGGCACCGCAAUGGCUACUUGGUCCGUGCCUGGGACCGACGGAACAAAGAUCGAAGAAGGACAAAGCCGCUUGGCCAAUGGACACAAUGGGGACGCCGAGUCAAUACCGGAUCGUUCUCUUGCAUGGGAUACUGAUGGGAAACGACUUGCUUUUGGCUUUGGCAAGCAGGUAUGUUGUUUAUCGUACCCCAGUGGAGAUAAAUAG